GCAAGGAGCGCGAGGAGGAGCUGCGGAGGCGCCAGGCGGAGGAAGAGAAGCGGCGGCGAAAGGAGGAAGAAGCGCGCCGGAAGCAAGAGGAAAGGCGGCGAAAGGAAGAAGAGAAGCGACAGCAGCGAUACUUGGAACAACAGCAGAGAGAAGCAGAACGUCGUGCUGCCAAAGGAAAAGGCAAAGAUGUUUUCAGCGUUGCUCCAAGCGGUGAAUGUGUAGUUGUAAGCGAGAUGCAAUAUGAGUUCUAUGUGGGGUCAUCAUUCAAGCCUUUGCAGGCCAAAGAUCUUGGUUGUGUUGAUCCUCUGGUAAACUUACAUAGCUAGGGAGAAUCACGAUUUUAUCCGUGGUGACUGAGCCACUUCUCAAAACACUCAAGGUUGCAACGUGGGAUGAUAGACACAUUCUAACCUUCGGUGUGGGCAAUAUCUCUUGUGAGGCAAAGGAAAGGAUGAUGGCAAGGGCAAAGGCAAAAAGGGCCGGCAGACGCAGACAGUUCAAACCCAACAGCCACAGCGCCAGCAGCGUCAAGAGCGUCAAGAGCGGCAAGAGCGGCAAGAGCGGCAAGAGCGGCAAGAGCGGCAAGAGCGGCAAGCGCAACCCAAGCGAGGAGCAAAGAGAGGAGAGGCUGCGAGUGGAACCGUGGAUCCCCAUACCUCUGUGCUGCAGCAGGCGGGUUCCCAUGCCUGGGGCAUCUGAGAUGAGCACGUUUCGCGGAUGUUUUCUGGAGGUCUCUAAGCAAAUCCAAGUAGACUUCAACGAUACGUAUUACAGAUAUUACAGUCACAAAAACAUGGUUCAACCAGCAAAAUAUUGGGAAUUCGCCAUCAAAGUAUGGAUGUUUACCAAGUGGUUUGGGUCAUCACGACGUCACUGUACAGUCUCCUUUGUUUACAAAGAAGUUCAAUAUUAUUUAUGAUAAUGGAUUAUGGAAAUCCCAGAUGCCAAUCAAUGAAUGUUUCUGGAUAUCCAACAAUUCAGCUUGUCGGCAGCUCACAUGGAUUUCCUGGCAGAUCAGUUCAGAUUCAACCAGCAGCGCAUCCCAGCACCGCAUGUCCUGAUUCAAUUAUAUCUGGAUUAUAUAUCAGUAUUCACCUCCUCAGGUAUGUGUAUAUUCACAUGAAUGGAUUAUUU